AGUCGAUGCCGUGUUGUCACAUGACCAUGUCCAGUCGCUAGAAAUAGCGCUGGCGAAAAGCUGUGCAGGUGCAUCGAUUCACAUUCAAUGCCCCAGUCUCUCGCAUGCGCUUGUUCACCGCUCGCAGAGACAAUCGCGUUGCAGACGUAGAGAUGCCCAGAAAACAACUGAAAUAAAAACUUUUGAAACUUACUCACAGCUAUGGCGCGCUACUUACCACUGUAUUUCCCUUCUAUUUCAGGUUCCUGUUAAGAACGGAGUGCACUCUCCAUGCGCCGUUCUUGUGUCGACGCUCUAGUGCGUAGAGCAUCUGCGUGCAUGUACAGAUCUUCUACUUGCGGUUAGACAUUUGUGCAAGGCAAUCUCGGGCACGCCGCCAACCACCUUCAUCUGAAUUUGUUGAGGCAGAGGACUCAACUGCCCUAUAUCUUUGCUCUGGUUAUGAGUCUGGGAUCACUGUUUUGAGCUGCAUUCGUGCACUACUCCACAAAGACUUGUUUCUUGCCGGCACCUUGUCAUCCUUCCCUCUGUGUAGCCCUGUUGUGCCCGACCGUGCACCGAAGGCUGUAACUCAUUUUUCCAGAAACAGAGAUCUUCGUUAGCAUACGACUGCGUGCGUCUGUGAUAACGGUCUGCACAAGCCGACCUGGAGUCGGGACAGAGGCUUAUUGAGACCAUGGUGAUAUCACCGCAUUCUUUCCUUCCUGAAUCCCGUACCGACCACAAAAAACUCGACAACGCUCUACGCUGUGUUUGCUCAGAUUGCGCAAGGGGCAAACAUACCCACCGCCCGCGCGUCGUGAAAUGCACGCAGUGGUGGUUCCUCCCAGGAAUGCGUACUUUCGGCCCGAUUCAUUGCCAGAUCCAGUUGCUUGGCCGCGGACGGGCACGUAGGCAGCUUUCCCUGAGGAGUGUUUUCAAUGGAGCGCGGCUGGCUGGAGCAUCUAAAUAACUGAGUUUGUAAACCACAGUGGACCAUGGCCAAACCCGCUGACACUGCCAGUAGUAACACAUUCCGUGUCAUUGGCGUGCGACUUGGCCGUGACCAAUGCAUGCAGCAAUGCAGAACCUCUCAACCAGAAAUCGAUGAUGGAAACUCAAGCUAUUCCCCCUCGGAGCGGUCCGGUCGGGAUUGCUGUAUGGGAGUCCAUGUGGCUUCUCUUGUGGUGCCUCCCAGCGAGAGAGCAAGCUGUCAGAAUGAUGCCGAGUGGUAUUCUGCGCAAGCGCCAUCAGAAGAUGCUCACUGGAGUGUCACCUCUGCAUCACACGCUGAUGAAGAGGUGGAUAGAAAAUUUCGCGGCUGUGUUUCCGUGUCACCGCUUGGCCCGUCACAUCGGAAUCAAAUGGAGGGCAAGCAGGUCGAGAAUUGGAUAUGUCAGGCUAUUCACAUCUUGACGACAGAGUGGCCAUCAUUGUGGACGAGGAGCGCUGAGGCAGGUGACCGAGGCUCGCGGUCCGCAUCAAGUCUCGCUCAGCAGAUGAUAACUUCGCCUACGCACCGAGGACAAAACAGUAUCGCACUCAAACAGUUCUUGUGUAGUUCCGCGGCAACCAUACAAAACAAAAACUCAGGAUACACGCUUCCGUGCAGCUUUUUGAUGGUGGCUGGAUCCUCUGUGAUCGGACAUGCAAGGUUACUGGCCUGUUCACUAGCUGGAUGCCCGGCGCGGUAUAUUGCGGUCACUUACGUGGCGGUGGAUGCUCGAGUGCGGAAAAAAGGCUGGGGACAGCUUCUUAUGCGCAUGGUGGAGACUAUUGCUUCUGUAGAUUUAAAGGCGGACUAUGUGGUUUUAUGGACUCGUGCCGCAGCGGGAUUCUAUGAGAAACUUGGCUACCAGCGGUGUCUGGCUAUGGAGGUUGAAAGUCCCUGUCUUUCCCGCUUGAGCUCGGUUCAACAGGAAGCAAUGAUUUCCACUCUCCAGAAUAUGAUGAACAGACAAGCGCUGGCCAUGGGUAGGAAAAAUGAAGCCAACGUUCUGGGACAAAUGGCAGCUGCCGGUUCCGGAAACCCAGACCAGCGGAUCAACGACCCAUCCAGCAGAGAUAUAUGGCUUCGUAAGCGCGUGGGUCCGUGCAUAGCAGAACCCGAACACCUCCCACUGUCUCAGCGCUGUGUCGAAGUGUCUACUAGUCUGGAUUUGCUGACAAAUAGCUCUCCGGCAGCUAGGGCAAACGAAUUCCGAGGUACGAUGCAAGCAAACGCUCUCAGCUGCAAUACCUUGUUGGCCCAGAAAGCAGAGACAAGCAUCUCGAAUCUGUGCGAACCCACGGCAACACAGGGAUACUUCGCAACGGGUUGCACACGCACUGGUUGGACCUACAAACUACUGGACACCCCAUGGUGCAGACAGAUUGGGCCAUCGUGUGGCAUCAGUGCACUUUGCAUGGCAUCCACUUUUUUCGCGAACACGGAGCAACGCCAGGGGCAACCCAUCACCAGUACAGGAGAUGCAGGCGGUACAGCAGUGGCUAGGGAUGCUGCCAUUCUAGGAGACCAUUUGUUGAAGUUGUCGAGAGAUUGGGGAGUUUCUAUGGACGGCGAGCUUUUCAGUGUGUACGACUUCGUUCGUCUCGCGCGCGUAGGCGCACACCUUGACGCCGCGCUAGUGGAAUUCGCCUGCUGCCACGACGUCGACUGUAACACGGCUGACGGGGGAACGCACGCCACAGCAGAUAUACAGAGGAUUCUUCUCCACAGGAAUGCAUGGACUGAGUUCACCUCGUUUGUGGAUCGCGGAUGGCUCAUGAUUAUUCCAUAUGAUUCUGAGGGAGGAUGCCCUGUCAUCAAAGGAGGCCGUAAGGCUCAUUAUGGGGUAAUUGUGGGGCACGCGUGCCGAAAGUCUCAGCAAAGCGUGAUUAUUUCCCAGGCGGGUUUGCUAUCGCCGUCUGGUGAUGAGGCAGGCAACUCUGUAUCUGGCGGACAAUGCGCCGCGUCACCCACCUCAAGUGGCGGGGACGAGAAGAAAACUGAUCAUGACACAAGUGCUCAGCAGCCGACCGGGCCGCGAGAGUUGUCUAACGACGACGUUUCCGAGCAACGUCUGCGGCAUCGAAUCGAGGAGUGUCCGCGUGCAUGUGGUGAGCCGUAUUUGACGGUGGCAAAUGCCUCGCACUCGGGCAGGGCAGUCGUGAUUCAGCACGGCAGGUCCCGACUAUUAAGUGUAGCACUCUGGGACCAUCUCAUGAACUCGAACGCACAACUGUGGAAAGUCGACAAGACUGCUUUCCCUCACGCCCGUGAAAUGAAGUUGAGAAACCGAGCCAUUCUAGUUCGGGGGUUCUUGAAUAUAAAAGGCGCGCCAACAGGGAACAGAUGAGAGGUGACUACGAAGGUGUUUACAAGAAUAGAGAAUGGAAUGCAAUUUGCAUUGUGCGCGUCCCUGCAUCAAAGGAUAAGCCGCCUGCGACGGCUGCGGUGGUGGGAUUUACGGGGCGGCGACCAAUAUGAAAUUUGCACGGGUUUUACGAUACGCAUUCUCGCGGCCAAAACAUGUGGACAGGAGAUUCGCUGGUUCCCCUGGUACGGUGGGUAACCGGGAAAAGCAGUGCGCUUCGUUUUUGGUACAAAGAACACACUUAUGGUGCAGGACCGCUUUCGUAGUUGUAUGGUACCAUACUGUGCAUCCAAUUACGUGAUUUAAGUAAUCGCAUUACUUCCGAGAGGUAUUCAUUUUUCGUUGUAAAUCGUCAAGGGCUUGACCUCGACGUCCUGACCCGGAGUCUGGUGCCGGUUGAUGUCCGUUUGUCAUGACGGAGAAUCGUUUCCUCAGCGGAUUGCAAAUAUUCUGGUGUUUCUUCUAAAAUGCCAUUUUGGCAUUGAACCGGCGUUCUGCGGAAGUAACAGAAACAUGGCGUUCUGCAUACAUUAAUCAAUGCCC